CACUUUCUUCUUCUUCCUCCUCUUUGUCCCCCUCCAUCUUUGUACUUUUGUCCCCUCCAUCAUUCAUUCUAACACGAACUCAAAACUCAAGAAAAGAAAAGAAAAAGAGAACUUUUUAACCAAAAUUCAACUGCAAAACUUGCUAUGGAUUCAUCAGAUGAAGAGGGAUCAGAGGAGUAUUUGUUCAAGAUAGUGAUAAUAGGGGACUCAGCAGUGGGAAAAUCCAACUUGUUGUCUAGAUAUGCAAGAAAUGAGUUCAACCCGCAUUCUAAAGCCACAAUUGGGGUGGAGUUUCAGACUCAGAGCAUUGAGAUUGAUGGCAAAGAAGUUAAAGCUCAGAUUUGGGAUACUGCUGGUCAAGAACGCUUCCGGGCUGUCACCUCUGCUUACUAUCGUGGUGCUUUUGGCGCGCUUUUGGUUUAUGAUAUUACUAGAAAGGAUACUUUUGAAAGCGUGAGAAAGUGGCUUGAUGAGCUCAAUGCGCAUUCUGAUUCGACUGUGGCAAAAAUGCUGGUUGGAAACAAAUGUGAUUUGGAGAGUAUGAGGCAGGUUUCUGUUGAAGAUGGGAAGAGUCUAGCUGAGGCAGAAGGAUUCUUUUUCAUCGAAACAUCAGCUUUGGAUUCCACUAAUGUUAAACAAGCUUUUGAGAUUGUAAUCCGCGAGAUUUACAGCAAUGUGAGCCGGAAAGUCUUGAAUCCAGAUAUGUCCAAGACAGAAUUGUCUGUCAACAGGGUAAGCCUUGUAGAUGAUGGUGCAAAGGGAUGGGGAAAUUAUACAUGUUGCUCGGGAUAAAAAAUCUAGAGGUGGGUGGUUGGUUUUCAGGCAAUUUGCCUGAACUUGAAUUGGCGUGGCGUUUUUCAUGAUUGAUUUUACAUAGUCCAGAUAAGAUAGCCUUAGCAAAAUCAAUUUUCUGAUCAGAUAAUUUACACUCACAUGAUACAGAAGAGAAUGUGAACUACAGAUACGUAGUCCUUGAGUAACUCUUACUCCUUCCUAUUGGAAUUCAUUAGUAUUUGUGGAACUUUUGCCAAAUUCAGUCGUAUAAUAUCUUGCUAAAUCCAGAAAAUUAGGAAGUAGUUUAUGAUUAA